CUUCUUCUUCUUCUUCUUCUUCUUCUUCAUUACUUAUACUCGUGUCUCUUUCUUGUCACCACACUCACUCACUCACGUACUACAUAUACUUUUGCUUGUCGACCUUUAAAUUUUUACUUUCGCAAAGAUGAUGUGCUGUAACCGUUGUGGCGAUAUUCUGUCGUCGGGCAAAUGCCGAAAAUGUGGUGGCAGACCAGUGGCCUCGAUUAUAGCGAGUAGCGGCAUGAACUCGCCUACGAUUGGAAAGGAAGCCAGUGUCAAGAUUGCAGACAAGUGGCAGAGCCAGUAUGCCAGCGGUAUUCUAGGAAGCCCGCAUACGGUAUUCGAUACCAAGGAACAUCAAGAACCAUUGACUGUCCAAAGCACAGUCAGCACCCCGCUACGUUCAUCGCCAAAGCGCAACAGCAUUCCUGACGCUCUUCUGCUGAGUGGAAGCACACGGAAACAGAAUCCACUGUCCUUGUCUCUUCAAAACAGCUGUGCACAUUGCAGCAAGCGCUUGCGAUACGACAUGCCAUCAUUCCUUGAAUCUGGCUCGUAUUACUGCAAAGAAUGCCACGUAGCACUCUUCAGCAAAGGCCCUUGCGCCAAAUGCAAAAAUCCCGUUUUCCACCAACGCGAUACUUUUGUCGAGCAUGAAACACAAGUGUGGCACAAGGAUUGCUUCCGUUGCCACAACUGCUUUAUCACUCUUGGCGACGCUCCGAUGGUCGAUCUCGAAGCAAGACCUUGCUGUGAACGAUGUUUGAUAGCCCAGUCUGGCGAAGCCCGACAUGCCAAGCUAUCCUACCCUACGACCUCAUCGGGUGCGGGGGGUGAUACCACAGCUGCUUCUACACCUGGACUGGCAACGUCGCCUCUGCGCGACACCAUCAGUUCCGCGGGAUCGGCGGCUUUCUGGUUACCACGGACCCCGCCGCCGGCUUCAUCCUCCCGUCCACGGAUCGAUUCCGUUUUGUUCAACCACUAUCAGAAAUCGUUGCAGGAUGAGCAACAGCAAGUCGCGCGUAAUGCCUCUGCCUCUCCACCGUUGCCACCACUUACGCCAUCGUCCAUGUCGCCUGCUGGAUCGAUUCGCUCUUCACCGUCAGCAAGUCCUGUGUCAGCAGCAUCCAUCAGUCCUUCGCCAUCACCAUUGAGUAGUAGCAGUAGCAGCAGCAGCAGCACAAACGGGGGUGAUUCACCAGUCAUGACUAUCACUAGCCCCAGUACCAACGGGCGUCCACGCCGUCUGUCACAACAACUUCAGCAGCAGCUGUCCAAGUCACUGUCGCAAGAACGAGGAAACAAAAGAAUGUCGACCACUUCAACUAAGCGAACAUGUUUAGGAUGUGGCGAGGCGUUAUUGCACGGCUCUAAAAUCAAGCUGCCAUCUUUAGACGGUGAUGACGCUUGGUAUCAUUAUGACUGCUUAAAGUGUGCUGGUUGCCGUGGUCACUUUACAGACUCUAAAUUUGUUCGCCACGGAAGCCAUGCAAUCUAUCAUCCAAAGUGUCAACCUGCUCCUUCAAGAACAUCCGAAGAUGAAAAACAGCAACAACGACGCCACUACGAAUGCUAUGCUUGCAAGCAAUCCAUCAAAGAAAAAUGCUACGAAAAUGGAUCCAGAACGUAUCAUCCUCAGUGCUUCCGCUGCUACCAAUGUCAUGUUGUUUUACCGUCAGAUCAGCCAUUCUAUGAAGCAUACAACGAGCCUCAUUGUGAAGCAUGUAUCAGCAACAGACGGCCACCCUCCUCACAGACUGCAUCACGACCGCUAUCUAGAAACAGACCCUCGGGCAGUAGCACCAGUACACCACUUUUAUCCAGCCAACGAUCGCUCGACCAUCCUUCUAGCGUCCUGAUGAAUCGAACACGCGCGCUGCCAAAACUCGGAGGGUCCAAGACGUGCCCGCGCUGUCACACAAGCAUUGCGAUUAUGGACGACACACUCGGACCCAAAGCAACACGAUGGCAUAAAAAGUGUUUGCGUUGUGCCGGGUGCUCGAAACAGAUGGAUUCGGGUGCAAGGAUGUCAGAAGAUGCGGAUGGCAAAUGGCUCGUGCACUGCAGAGCCUGCAUGGAUAAAACCGGAUCAAAAACCAAAUUUGUUCGAUAGUUAUCAUCCUAUAUAAGUUACCUGUAGAUUCCAAAUAAACAAUGUCUGUGUAAAUAUA